AUGUCCCUCUAUGCUCGACAACUCAACAUCAAUGACCUAGAGCGGUCGCUGGCCGUUGAAACUGCCGCGUUUCCUCCCGCCGAGGCAGCCACUCGUGAAAAGGUUAUUGAGUAUCGCCUAACAGUCUGUCCUGAGAUAUGCAUUGGCCUCUUUCUUCGUGCUGGCGCCAGCUUGCCGUCUCCCAUUCCUCAUGACAUCCCAUUCGUGGAGGAUUCGACAUCCAGCGACGAUGUGCUCCUCGCACAUGUCAUCUCUACUAAAACGACCAACAAACCCGUCAAAGAUGAAGACAUGGACUACCCCCGCAACUGGAAAGAAGAUCCCCAAGGUGACUACGCCGUGGGUCACAACAAGAAUGGACGAACCAUUGCUCUCCAUGCUCUUGCUGUCGCUCCCGAUUAUCAGAGGGCCGGGCUGGGCAAGGCCAUUAUGCGCGUUUAUAUCCAGAGAACAAAGUCACUCAAUGCUGCGGAUCGUAUAUCUAUCUUGACGUAUGACCGUCUUGUUCCGUACUACCAGAGACUUGGAUUUGAGCACUAUGGGAAGAGCGAGUCAGAAUAUGCUGGGGUGGCUUGGCAUGAUCUUGUGAGUGACAUCAACAACAAGAGCAGAAAGACCAAUGCUAACUGGGAUGUAGUCCUACAUACUAUCUUCGCCUCUAUGUGCCCCAGCGAUGGACUUCACGUCGAAGAGGCUCGCGUGGUCCAGAAUACAAGGGCAGCUAAAUCCAUUUCCAUAUUGUGCCCAGCUACAUACCUUCCACCAAGAUAUGUUCGAUGA